AUGUCGUCCGCUGUGGCGACUCCGGUGCCCUUCGCGGCGCGCCGCUCCCAGGUGCAUGGAUCCGGCGCCUCCAACCUCCGCGCGCGUCCAGUUCGCGUGGUGAAGGGGCCCAGAUCCGUCGUUCGCGCCGCCGUGACCGACCCCGACGUCAUCGCCCAGCGCGUCGCCGAGGCUGCGCAGAUGGAGGCUGAUGGGGACCGUCCGAUUGAAUCCGCGGGUGUCCGCCAGGCGUUCCCCCUCGCCGCGGUCAUCGGCCAGGAGAACAUCAAGUCUGCGCUUCUGCUCGGCGCCAUCGAUCCGGCACUGGGCGGUAUCGCCAUCUCCGGCAGGCGCGGUACCGCCAAGUCCAUCAUGGCCCGCGGUCUGCACGCGCUCCUGCCCCCCAUCGAGAUCGUCGACGGCACCAUCUGCAACUCCGACCCGGAGGAUCCCAACAGCUGGGAGGACGGCCUUCGCGAGAAGCUCAGCCGCGAUGCGAAUGGCGAGCUCGUGACCCGCAUCCGCGAGGCUCCCUUCGUGCAGGUUCCCCUCGGCGUCACCGAGGAUCGCCUCGUGGGCACCGUGGACAUCGAGGCUUCGAUGAAGGAGGGCAAGACGGUGUUCCAGCCCGGCCUCCUUGCCGAGGCGCACCGCGGCAUCCUCUACGUCGACGAGAUCAACCUCCUCGACGAGUCAGUGUCCAACCUCCUCCUGUCCGUGCUCGCCGAGGGUGAGAACGUGGUGGAGCGCGAGGGUAUCACCCUCAGGCACCCGUGCAAGCCCCUGCUCAUCGCGACGUUCAACCCCGAGGAGGGCGCGCUCCGCGAGCACCUCCUCGACCGCAUCGCCGUGACCCUCUCCGCGGACCAGGUUCUCACCUUCGACGACCGCGUGAUGGCGGUGGACCAGGCGAUGAACUUCCAGAACUCCGCGGACAAGGCUGUCACGGACGCCGAGGAGGCGACGGAGGGUGCGCGCACGCAGAUCAUCCUCGCCAGGGAGUGGCUCAAGGAGUGCGAAAUCUCGGAGGAACAGAUUGGCUACCUCGUGGGCGAGGCGACGCGCGGCGUGUGCAUGGGCCACCGCGCCGAGCUCUUCGCGGUCAAGGCUGCGAAGGCUCUCGCCGCCCUCGACGGUCGCAGCAAGGUGAACGCCGACGAUCUCAAGCAGGCUGUCAGGCUUGUCAUCAUCCCCCGCGCCAAAGCCGACAUGGACGUGCCGCCGCCCGAGGACGACGAGCAGCAGCAGCCGCCCCCUCCCCCGCCGCCCCCCGAGGAUAACAUGGAGGACGACCAGGACGAGCAGGACGAGGAGGAUAACGAGGAGGAGAAUGAGGAGGAGGAGGACGACGAGGUGCCCGACCUCCCCGAGGAGUUCAUGUUCGACGCCGAGGGUGGCUUGCAGGACAAGGAGGUGCUCCAGUUUGCCCAGUCCGUGAACCGCCGCGGCGGCCGAUCCGGUCGCUCCAAGAACGUCAUCUUCUCCAACGACCGCGGCAGGUACAUCAAGCCGGUCAUGCCCAAGGGUAACGUCAUGCGCCUCGCCGUCGACGCCACCCUCCGAACGGCCGCGCCCUACCAGAAGGCGCGCCGCGAUCGCGCCAUCGCCGCGGGCGAGGUUCCCAAGAAGGUGUACGUCGAGAAGAGCGACAUGAGGGCGAAGAAGCUGGCGCGCAAGUCCGGCGCGCUCAUCAUCUUCCUCGUGGACGCCUCCGGCUCCAUGGCUCUCAACCGCAUGAACGCGGCGAAGGGUGCCGCGCUCUCGCUCCUCGAGGAUGCCUACCAGUCGCGCGACAUGGUGUCCAUCAUCCCCUUCCGCGGCGACGCCGCCGAGGUGCUCCUGCCUCCCUCGCGCUCCAUCGCGAUGGCCCGCAACCGCCUCGACACCAUGCCCUGCGGUGGCGGUUCCCCCCUCGCGCACGGCCUCUCCCUCGCCGCGCGCGUGGGCAUCAACGCCAUGUCCUCCGGCGACGUGGGCCGCGUGAUGGUGGUCUGCCUCACCGACGGCCGCGCCAACAUCUCCAUCAACAAGUCCAACGGCGAGCCCGAGUACAUCGGACCGGAAGCGAUCAAGCCCACCGCGGAUGAGCUUCAGGAGGAGGUUGACGACAUGGCGGGCAGGCUCUACGCCGCCGGCAUGAACCUGCUGGUCAUCGACACCGAGAACAAGUUUGUGUCGUCCGGCACCGCGGAGAAGCUCGCGCAGAAGGCACUCGGGAAGUACUACUACCUUCCCAACGGUACCGACAGGGAGAUCGCCGCCGCCACGACGUCGGCGCUCGCCGCAGCCAAGGCGGAGUAAGCGCGAGGCGCCAAGCCAAAAUUGUAUUACAUUGCGAUGGGGGUGUAGAGAUUGGGCGAGGAUGGGUGCGGCGCGAGGCGGCGCCGGGGUGAUGAAGAGCCCGACAAGUUGCGCGGGGGCUCGAACGUUCGCGUAGAGAUAGUCGUCGCACGCGACGCGUUAAUGGUUAAAACAAGCACACGAGCUUACACGAUGACAA